AUGCCUUACCCAGCACCAUUCAGGCCCUUUGGGGUACCUGAAACCAAUGACCCAGAUGUGCAAGAUGAUCCUAAAAUUGAAUUGGAAAACGACGAUUUAUGGAAAACCUUUCAUAAGAUCGGAACCGAGAUGGUCAUCACCAAGACUGGCAGACGAAUUUUCCCAGCUUACAAAGCCAAAAUUUCAGGAUUAGAUAAGAAAUCCAAAUAUAUUUUACUAUUGGAUAUAGUUCCAUGUGACGACUGCCGAUAUAAAUUUCAUAAUGGUAAAUGGAUGGUUGCUGGAAAAGCAGAUCCAGAAAUGCCUAAAAGAAUGUACAUCCAUCCAGAUUCACCCUGUACCGGCGAGCAAUGGAUGCAGAAACCAGUUUCCUUCCAUAAACUCAAACUAACCAACAAUAUUUCAGAUAAAAGUGGGGCGGCUAUAUUGAAUUCCAUGCAUAAAUACCAACCACGAAUUCACUUAGUAAGAGCUAGUGAUCUCCUACGAAUGGCAUACAGUCCCAAUAAAACAUUUGUCUUCGAAGAAACACAAUUUAUUGCUGUUACUGCUUAUCAAAAUGAAAAGAUCACCCAAUUGAAAAUCGACCAUAAUCCAUUUGCUAAAGGUUUCCGAGAAAAUGGCGGAGGGCGUGGCAAAAAGUAA